GGAAGUGCAAACAAGAGCUCGGGGCGAGAGAGCUUCUUCGGGCUUGGACUUUGCGCUCUUUCGCGCACACGCCACUUUGGUGGGAACCGCUCGCGCGCCUCUCCAGCCUCUCUCCGCCUCGGAAAAUUGUUCCCCUGAGAAUUAUAACCAACUGCAGAAGACCAUGAAUAACUACAGUGUUUCACUGGUGGGUCCAGCUCCUUGGGGGUUCAGGCUCCAAGGUGGGAAGGACUUCAACAUGCCUCUCACUAUCUCUCGGUUGAAUGACGGAGGCAAAGCAGCUAAUGCAAACGUCGGAAUAGGUGAUGUGGUCCUUAGCAUUGAUGGGAUAAGUGCAGAAAGUAUGACUCACCUGGAAGCACAAAAUAAAAUCAAGACCUGCUCGGGAAAUCUGGUUAUGAAUCUGCAAAGAGCACCUGCAGCUCCAAAACCAGAUCCAAUUCCUGUGCAGCAGGUAGAGCCCAAGGACCUAGUUAAGCCUGUGCCCAUUGCAUCUCCAGCCGUGCCCAAAGUUUCAUCCACAACCAGCGUGGCCUUCAAUAAGGCUCCCAGGCCCUUUGGAGCUGUGUCCUCCUCCAAGGUCACUUCCAUCCCAUCACCGUCAUCUGCCUUCACGCCCGCCAGUUCCAGUCUUCCAUUACAUGCUUCCCCUACACCUCUGGCCACUGUCACGCCUCCCCCGUUCACUGCCUCAGGAGUGCAUGUUAAUGUCAAAGCUAACGCUGACCAACGUUGCCCUGUGUUGAGUGCUGCAAAUAUCCCAUGGCAAUCCCCACACAAUGCAUCGCUCAGCGAAAGGGCCCCAGAGGUGACAGAGGGGCAGCAAAGUGGAUCCAGAGAGAACCAGGGUGACAGUAAUCAGCAAAAUGGUCCACCACGGAAACACGUUGUGUACAGAAAUACAGAAUUUUUCCAUCCACCGGUUCAUAGCAACAACAGCAAGAAGAGACUGAUUGAAGAUACUGAGGACUGGCAUCCAAGGACUGGAACCACUCAGUCACGUUCUUUCCGUAUCCUUCAACAGAUCACAGGCACUGAACGUAUGAAAGAACCGGAAUCAGACAAUCUAAAGAAGGCAAACGAUUCUUUGGAACCCACACAAUUUACUACUUGUACUGCUUCUGCAGUAAGAAGCAUGCCUGAAAACCCAGAAAAUGGUGCCAGUAGAACUAUUUCAGCUGAGUCUGGAGCAGGAUUCAAGCCCAAAGGACCUCAAUAUGCUGAGAAAACCUCAGGCUGGGAGUCUUCUAAGCAACCAGCUGGAAGUGGAUGGAUUUCCAACAAUAAUACAACCUCUGGUGAGAAAGCUGCAGCUGCACCUCUGCAAACCAAUGAAGAUACUUUGGUUCAGAGAGCAGAGCAUAUUCCAGCAGGCAAGCGGACUCCAAUGUGUGCUCAGUGCAAUCAAGUCAUCAGAGGGCCUUUCCUCGUAGCAUUGGGGAAGUCCUGGCACCCUGAAGAGUUCAAUUGUGCUCAUUGCAAAACUUCCAUGGCUUAUAUUGGUUUUGUGGAAGAGAAGGGAGCAUUUUACUGCGAGGGUUGCUAUGAGAAGUUCUUUGCCCCAGAAUGUGCCCGAUGUCAGAGGAAGAUACUUGGAGAAGUAAUAAAUGCUUUGAAACAAAGCUGGCAUGUCUCCUGCUUUGUGUGUGUGGCCUGUCACAAGCCCAUUCGCAACAAUAUUUUCCAUUUGGAAGAUGGUGAUCCUUACUGUGAGACAGAUUAUUAUGCAUUAUUUGGUUCCAUGUGCCAUGGAUGUGAGUUCCCUAUUGAAGCUGGGGACAGAUUUCUGGAAGCCUUGGGCCAUACUUGGCACGAUACCUGUUUUGUGUGCUCAGUUUGCUGUGAGAGUUUGGAGGGCCAGACAUUCUUCUCCAAGAAGGAUAAGCCUCUGUGCAAGAAACAUGCUCACUCUGUGAACAUCUGAAACAUUAAAGAUUAUUCCAACAAAUGGGAGAAAAGAACAUGGCUGGGUGUUGGUUUUCAAGAUGUAUUUAUAUAAACUUUAAAUUUGUAGAAGCAAAGACAUGGGAAGAAGUAGGGUUUAUGACAUGAAAUAGAAAGAGGGAUAACUAAUUAGCCAAAUUGCUCUGAGAGCUUUUGGUUGUGUUUCAGUUGUGAAGCUGACAUUUUCAAUCCAGAAUUUAUUUCCUGGGCACAAGGUUGGAAAUAGUUGAAUUAAAGUAUAUAAUAAAAGAUUGAAGCUAGAUGUUUGUUGUUAAUGAGAGUAAAUCUAAAAAAAAGUGUAACGUUGCUGAUUGGUUUUUAUAAUCAAGUAAUACUUCGCCUUAAUCCAAUACUUUGUAGCAAAUUUUGCAUUAUUAUUUAAAUGCCAUAAGCGAUAACAGCUUCUUGGAUACUGCAGAAAGUAAAGAGGGUGGACCCUGAUACCUAGCAAAUUUAGAAUUCGGUUUGUAGCUGCUUUGCAGGUGGGGACAAAGAUUUUGGUUAAUUGAUCAGUUCAGGUAGAAUCCAGCUCUUUAUCAAAGAAACAUUUGUCAAAUGCAGAAAAAAGUAAAAUAAACUUUACUUAUCAAGUAUUGAAAUAAUCACUGAGAUGAAAAGUUCUGUAAGUGUUCAGGAAGCAUAUGCACAUUGUCUUGAAAUAAUAUCAGAUAUUAAAAGAAGUCCAAGUAGUACACAUAGAUAGGAUUGAAGUAAGAUCAGAUUUACAUAAAUUAAGUCCUUACUAAUCAUUUACAUUGUGUGCACAUAGCACUUAUUUUGUUGUUGUAACAUACAGAAAAAGGUGGGGGAUUUUAAUUCCAGCUUUCUUAGAUAAUAAGCUGUGGUGGCGCAGUGGUUAGAAUGCAGUACUACAGCCUAAUUCUUCUGCCAGAAGUUUAGCAGUUCGAGUCUCACCAGGUUCAAGGUUGACUCAGCCUUCCAUCCUUCCGAGGUGGGUUAAAUGAGGACCCAGAUUGUUGGGGGCAAUAUGCUGACUCUGUAAACUGCUUACAGAGGGCUGUAAAGCACUAUGAAGCGGUAUAUAAGUCUAAGUACUAUUGCUAUAGUAAGUACUGAAGGUUUUUAUUUUCUUUUAUGGUUUGGUCAUCAGCUGCUUUAAUCAUGUGUAUGUAAAAUACAUACUGAAUUAUGUUGAAAUGCUUGUUUGCUUCCUCUAUGUGCAUUUGUGUAUAUAUAAGUAAAUUUAUGAACUAAUUUUUCAUCCUGUAUAUCUCAGCUCCUCUUUUGAUAACAGUAGGGAGAAGAGACAAAAAGAAAGACAACUGAUAGCAUAAUAUGUUCUUUAAUACAAAGAUUUAAAAGAAUAAGUGGAUAGGUUCCCAAAUGAGCAAAGAAUUUAAAUAAACUGUAAGUGUUCCAUGAAGGCUGUGUCAAGGAUCUUUAUGAGGGUAGGAGAAAGGUCAAAAUUUGCAAGAUAUGAACUUAGUGUCAUGGUUCAUGCUUCCCACUUUUGUGUGACAUUGACACUUCACACAAAUGGAAUGGAGUUUGGGUCACAUUGCUACACCUGCCAUUUACAGCUGUUGACCUCGGGAAUCCAGAGAGACAUUGGCUGCUACUACUUUUUUGGAAAUUCUAACCUUAAGAAAUUAAAAAUUAUGAUACCUGAGAACAAUACUGAAGCAUUAAACAAAGAAAAGCAUAAUUUGAAUACAUUAACUUGAAGCCCUCUUGUAGCCAAGUUGCCCUCCAUAAUAUGUCUUCAGAAUGGCCACGGGACUCCUAGUGGAUGGUUUUGGUGUGUACUAUGGAUCAGUGAUAGCUGAACUAUGAUAAUUUUGCAUAAUAAUAUUUCCAUAUUGGAACCAAUUUAGAGUUCCCAAGUAUUUACUAAAGAGAGGAGGAUUAUAUUGAAUUUUGUGUAAGUUGUGUCAUGCGAUGACAUCACAAAGUAAAAGUAUUCAAUCAAGUAAAAUUAUUCAAUAGUAUUCAUUCCAGUGUUGUAAGUAUUCCAGCAUUUUCAUUUUACAAGCAUGGAAUAAAUAGACUGGAUCAGAGUUAGCCAAAAUAGUCUAUUAUAACCAAAGGAAUUUAAAUUAACCAUAUUUAAUUUAGAUUCUGUUGUUUUUUUAUGGAUCUGUUCUAAGUCUGUAUCUAGCCCAUACAUAUGAGGUUUAUUCUCUAUUCCUUAGCUUCUUUAGAUUUUUUUCAUUCAUUAAUAAAUAUGAUUCAUUCAUAUAUAAAUACCACAUUUAUGUAUUGUAGGAGAAAUAUGGUUACCAAUCAACAUUUCACAGGGCAAAUUACAAUUUGUAGAAUAAGGUGACUUUGAUUUAGUGGCAAAUGUCCGGAAUUUGAAAAGUUAUUUUGCUCUGCAUUCAGUAAAUGCAUAGCCUUUCCGUAACUGAGAAUUUGGAGAACUGAAAUUUCAGCCUCUGCCAGAUUGAAUAAGAUUUGAGUUUGCUGCUGCUAUUAAAAAUGGAAAAUAGGACACAGGAGGAGAGGAGGAGAGUUGAAUGGAUAGUUUAUGAAUACUUUCCAUAGCUAAUAAGCCACUUAUUUUAUAAGACAGGAUUUAUGAAAACCUAUUUAUGCAAGCUGUUGCAUAUUGUAAUUAAUUAGUACAACGUUCUUUGUAAAUAGACCAAUGUCCCUCUGGUACAAGAGCUAAGUUAAAAAUUAAAGAUUAUUUGGUCUUCAUAUCCUGAUAAUCAAGAGUUUUGGAGUGAUUUUCAAAAAGCAAGAUGAAGAAAGUUGGAUUUGGUUAUUCUGCAUUUUUUGUGAAGUUUUGUUUCAAUCCAUUUAUAUUCUAGUGAUCUUGGUAUCAGUUCUCAUUUUAUUGUAUUGCUCUGUUUUAAAACUUCUCACCUUUGCUAAACACGUAACUGCUUCUAUUGUCAUUUGUCUAUCAGUUCAGUUGUUGCAAAAAAGCCUAUUCAUUAACUUGAUCAGAUGUACACAUCAAUAAACAUAUCUGUGGAAUUAUA